AUGGUUGAACAAAGGGCAUUGUCAUUGUCUGAGUUGGAGAACUUAACUGAGGCUGAACUUGAAACCCUCAUUAUUGACUAAAAGUCAGAUGAUGCAAGAUACAUCUUAGGUCGUUUAUUGAUGGAAGGUAGCAGUGAGAAGAUCAAGAAAAACGAAAAGAAAGGAGUCAACUGGAUUAAGGAAGCCAUUAAGAAUGGUCAUAUGCUUGCUCUUGAGUAUAAGACUUACUACGAAAUUAGAUUUGAUAAUCAACCUAAGCUCAAUAAAAUUUUGAAGAAUUUAGAGACUAUAGUUGAUAAAACAAAGAGCACUAGAGCUUGUAACACUUUGGCUGAGUUCCAUCAAGUUCAAGACAAGAAGGAAGAUCAAAAGGAAAAUGCUGCUAAAUACUACAACAUUAGUGCUGAUUAAGGUUGCUAAUUAGGUAUUCAUUGGAUGGGUGUGUUCUAUCACUUGGCAUUCGGAGUCCCUAAAAAUGUUGAGAGAGCAAUUGAAUAUUUAUCUAAAUCUGCAAGAGCAGGAAACGGUCAAUCAUGCCAUCAAUUAUUUUUGAUCUACUCAGAUGAGAAAGAAGGUUUCAUGAAUGUUAAGAAGGCUUACUAUUACCUUGAGAAGGGUAUCCUAAAUGGUGUCUCAUUGUUUGAUUCAUUACACGCCUUCUUCAAGCUACAUUAAGACGAGCUCACAGCAGACUUUUUAUAAAACAAGAAGCCAGCUGCCUAGGUUAAUAAAGAUGAUAAAAAUGAGGUUUUAAAUCUUCAUGAAGCUUAUGUAAAUGAAAUGAAGAAUUCUUUCAGUAAUGCUCUUAGCAGAGAUAGAUUAUACAUGAGACCAGUCGGCUUUUUAAUGGAAUAACAAAUCUGGAUGGUAGGAGUACUUUCUAAGUAUUUUGUAAGUCAAGUUUUGAGAUUCAAUCAUCAAGAUUUCAUGAGAGCUCUUAAACAAGAUCUUCCCCCAAUCCUUGGAGAAAUGGGUCUUUGGAUAUUAACUAACUACGCAAACAGACAAAGAGAGAAGAACAAGACUGAGAAAAGAAAGAUGGUUUAAGUUGCAAUAGAAAUAGUUAAGAAAUAUCUUGAGAACGGUUUUGACUAUCUAGGUUAGGAAGGAAAAUACAAUUUGAUGAAUAAAUACGGACCAAAGAAAUGCCCUGCUCAAUAAAUCAAAAGAGAAGACUUAUAAUUCAUAUAUUCAUGGCUUCACUAUGCUCCUCAAUCAUGGUAUAAGCACCAGAUCAAACUUGAGGAAGAGUUAAAGGCUGACGAGGAAAAGAGAAAGAACCCUGAUGCCUUUAAGAAAUGUACAUUCUGCCAAGCCCCAGAGAGCAAUCUAAGAAAGCACAAAAUGUGCUCUGCUUGCAAGCAGGCUUUCUAUUGUAGUGCAGACUGUCAAAAAUACGACUGGCAAAAGACUCACAAGGUAUAGUGCAAGGAACUACAAAAGAAUAUGCCCAAGACAAAAUGA